AUGACAACUCCCCUCAAUCUUCAUCUAUGUCAAGAAGAUCCACCAUACUUUCGAAAGGAGUUGGCGGAUUGUGAAGCUUCAGUGUUUGGACUAGAAACUACCAUAAAGAACCUCGUGAAAUUGGCAAGAGCUAGUGCAGAACUUGCCCAGGAAUAUACAGCGAAACAAUUACAAUUCGCGGAAGAACUUGGU